AGUCUUGUCGGUAUACGUAUACAUCAUUUCGCGGCAUUUCAGAGUACAAUUUAUUUUGAUAAGCCAAAUUUGAAACUCUUAUCUACACUAAUGGAUUUCAAUGAAUAUAGAACAAGAGGAAAAAUAAUGAUAGACUAUAUAGCAGAUUAUUUAGAAACUAUACGGGAAAGGCGUGUCUACCCGAAUGUGCAUCCGGGAUAUCUAAGGAACUUAACACCAGACUGUGCUCCCGUCGAACCAGAAUCCUGGGACCACAUCAUGGACGACGUCGAGAACAUCAUUAUGCCCGGGAUUACACACUGGCAAUCGCCUCAUAUGCAUGCGUAUUUUCCCGCUCUGAAUUCGUUCCCGUCACUGUUGGGUGACAUGCUAGCGGAUGCGAUCAACUGCCUGGGAUUCACAUGGGCCAGCAGCCCCGCUUGCACAGAGUUGGAAAUCUUAGUGAUGAACUGGCUAGGAAAGAUGAUCGGACUUCCUGAGGCGUUUUUACACACGCACAACGAGAGCAAAGGAGGAGGCGUUAUCCAGACUACAUCAAGUGAAGCGACAUUUGUUUGCCUAUUAGCUGCCAGAACUCAGGCAAUCCGUCGGAUACAGGAGAUAAAUCCAGAACUAGAAGAUGUAGAAAUAAACAGCAGACUAGUAGCUUACUGUUCGGAUCAGGCUCAUUCAUCAGUCGAAAAAGCUGGUCUCAUCGGACUCGUUAAAAUGCGAUUUAUUGAAAGUGACGAUUCCUUAUCUUUGAGAGGAGCUCAAUUGAUGGAAGCUAUCGCCACUGAUAAAAAACAAAACUUAAUACCAUUUUUCGUAUGUGCGACGUUGGGUACAACUGGUGCUUGUGCUUUCGACAAACUCGAAGAACUCGGACCAAUAUGCCACGCGGAAGACAUGUGGUUUCAUGUCGACGCGGCGUACGCGGGUACUGCAUUUAUAUGCCCGGAAUUUCGUCAUUGGCUCUCGGGUGUCGCAUACGCAGAUUCAAUUGCGUUCAAUCCAAGUAAAUGGAUGAUGGUUCAUUUCGAUUGCACAGCCAUGUGGGUCAAAAACAGUGAAUGUCUUCAUCGGACUUUUAACGUCGAUCCGUUAUAUUUACAACAUGAAAAUUCAGGACUUGCUAUCGACUACAUGCACUGGCAAAUACCAUUAAGUAAACGAUUUAGAGCGUUGAAACUAUGGUUUGUGAUUCGAUGUUUUGGGAUAAAAGGUCUUCAAAAGCAUAUCAGAGGAGGUGUACAGUUGGCUAACAAAUUUGAACUUCUCGUGUUGAAUGAUAAAAGAUUUGAAAUACCCGCAGCUAGACAUUUAGGUUUAGUCGUUUUUCGUUUGCGUGGAGAAAAUCAUUUAACUGAAAGACUGUUAAAGCGUUUAAACUCUAAAGGAAGAAUUCAUUGUGUUCCUGCAUCACUUAAAGGCAAAUACGUUAUACGUUUUACCGUUACGUCACAAUAUACUACGGUUUCGGACAUUACAAGAGACUGGGCAGAAAUCAAAGCAACGGCUACUGAAAUCAUCAACGACGAUAAAGCUGACUCUACCUACAAUAAAUCAAAAGUUUCAUUAGCUGAGACACGUAAUUGGAAUAAUAACUUUGGUGCCAGUCUUCUAUUAGCCAAUUCGCCUAUGUCACCAAAAGUAGUGAACGGAAGCUUUGCCGCGCUAUUUGAUAAUGGAGACGAUUGGUCACGGAAACUAUUGAGAAGUGAAAUGAAAGAUAGCUCUUCGAUGAGAAGAAGAAUUCGCGGGAUUUUGAUGUCAGGAAAACAGUUUUCUCUGGAUUCACGUAUGGAUCUAGUCCAAGGAAUGGUUCCAACUGCAUCAAAAAAGGCAAUUAUGUCGGAGUCCAUUAAAGAUUCAUUGGAAGAAACGUUAGAAAAUAAGAACACAGAUAGUGAUGAAAAAGAGAAGAACGGAGAGCCGAAAAAUCCUAAAUCUCGUAUUUUUCGUCUUCAACAACAUGAAACCAGUUUAACUCCUUUGAUUGAAGGCAAUAACGCAAAUCUUAUAGAUUAGUUAAAUUACAAUAUUAUGGUAAACUAAUCCUUUAUUUAU